AUGCUGAGGAUUCUAGAAGCGAUAUCGGAAGGGCUAGGGCUGAAACCUAAAUAUUUAGACGGCGAGAUUAUCAAGAGUCAAGUGCUAUCAGUGAAUCAUCACAUUCCAUGCCCUGAUCCGAGCCUCACGCUUGGAAUGCCACUACAUACUGAUCCAAACCUUAUCACCACAUUGCAGCAGUGCUCCGUCCCGGGCCUCCAAGUCCUCCGCCACCACCAAUGGAUGGAUGUUGAGCCCAACCCCGCCGCGUUCCUCGUCAUCCCUGGCCUCCAACUCAAGGUGAUAAGCAAUGGGAGAUUUUCGAGCCCGGUUCAUAGAGUGGUGACGCAUUCGCGAGAGGCGAGGACGACGAUCGGGUCGUUCUUGAUUCCGUCGCCGGAGAUCGUUAUUGAGCCGGCGGAGGAGUACGCCGGCGACCGCCCCGUCUACAAAGGCUUCACUUAUGAAGAGUUUUUCAGCUGCUUCAUUAGGAGCAACUGUGAAGCUGAUGCUGCACUCGCCUUCUUCAAAAAUGAGACCAAUUCAAAAUCAACAACGUUGCUCUAA